AUGACGCCCAGCCCGUCCCUCUCGUCAUCCUUUUCGUCCUCCUCCCGGUUGCUGCGGUCGUCGUCGUUGUCCUCGCAGUGCAGCACCAGCGGCAGGCGGAGCAUGGACGAGGAGGCGGAGGCCGUCGUCGCGCCACUGCCGCCGAUGCAGAAGCGAGUGCUGUCGAGGAGCCACGGGUCCAGGGCCGCGCCGGGUCGGCAACUCCCGCCGAAGAACGUCGUCCGGGACGCCGGACCGCCUUCAGAAAUGGAUUUGGUGAAAGAGAGAUUCGCCAAGCUGUUGCUCGGGGAGGACAUGUCCGGCACCGGGAAAGGUGUCUCCUCCGCCCUUGCUCUCUCCAAUUCCAUCACAAACCUUGCAGCCUCCGUGUUCGGGGAGCAGCGCCGCCUAGAGCCCAUGUCGGCCGACCGAAAAGCGCGAUGGAAGAAGGAGAUCGGCUGGCUUCUGUCGGUCACCGAUCACAUCGUCGAAUUCGUUCCAUUGCAACAGGUGUCCGAGGAUGGCACCAGCAUGGAGGUGAUGGGCACCCAGCUACGCAGGGACAUUCUCAUGAACAUCCCCGCCUUGCGAAAACUUGACGCGAUGCUCCUCGGGUAUCUUGACAACUUCAAGGACGAACAAGAGUACUGGUACGUGUCAAAAAACGCCAACGAGAGCGAGAAGGGCGAUGCACCGAGAGACGGCGAGAAAUGGUGGAUCCCAACGGUGAGAGUCCCUCCCGAGGGUCUGUCCGACCAAUCGAGGAAGUGGCUCCAGCACCAGAAGGACCUUGUCGGGCAAGUGCUCAAGGCAGCCAUGGCCAUCAAUGCAAAUGUCCUUGCACAGAUGGAGAUUCCAGAAGAAUACAUCGAGGCUCUACCCAAGAAUGGGAGGGAAAGUCUCGGAGACUCCAUAUACAGAACCAUAACCGAUGAUUAUUUUGACCCAAACGGACUCCUGGACUCCGUAGACCUAUCGACGGAACACAAGAUCGUCGAUCUCAAGGACAGAAUCGAGGCCUCCGUUGUCAUCUGGCAGAGGAAACUCUGCAACAAGCUGUCAUGGGGCCCCGGCGUCAGCUUGGAGAAGCGCGAGCAAUUCGAGGAGCGCGCACAGACCGUCCUGCUCAUCCUCAAGCACAAGUUCCCUGGAUCUGCCCAGUCAUCGCUUGACAUAAGCAAGAUCCAAUACAACAAGGAUGUUGGGUUUGCCAUCUUGGAAAGCUACUCCAGGGCUCUCGAGAGCUUGGCGUUUGCGGUUCUGUCACGGAUCGAGGACGUCCUCUAUGCCGACACCGUCGCUCAGGAUCCGAGGCGCUCGAAAUCGAGGCGGCGGCCUAGAUUAGAGGACGACAUCACUGAGUCUCUCGUUGUCGAUGCCACGGAGGCCACUUCGGCCAAGGCCAGCGAUUCAUUUUGCUGGCAAGAGCUCGAGGACAGGAGCCUGGAUUCCCGCGGUGGCAAGCUGAAGAAGAUCCCCCGUAUCAGCAGGAGGAAAUCUAUGCACGUAGACAAGGUCGAGAUGAACGUGUGCGGUGUUGGUGCUGGAUCAAGAAGCUUUUCUCAUAGGUGA